GGUAAUUUUAAUGCUGGUUUUCAAUUUUGAUACCCAGUUUGUUGCCCAGCACCUUUUACUUGUUUUCUCGCGUUCAAACUUCUGUUCUCCAGAAAGACGCCGCGUUGGGUGUUCAGCCAACUAAUAUAAUGAGGUCGCUAUGUUCAACGCGCUCGACUAGCGUUUGUCCCCGGAAAGCUGCGUCGCGCCGGUGCCAUCUGGUUGUGGCAUCAGCUACACCCGCAAAGCCCGUCAGCGACGGCCCCAAAAAGGAUCCCUUCGCGGAGAAGACCGUGUACAAUGACAACUGGCUUGACCUCCUGUUCAUCAAGCUCUACUCUAAGAAGAUGGCGGACUGCCUCCCAGCUAGCCAGGGCGUGCACGUGCCGGAACAGCCCGUUUACGACGACUUUGUGCGCAUCAGCAAUGAGAUCAUGCGCGGCCGCGGCAGCAAGGAGCAGCGCCUAGUGGUGCGGGACGUGCUCAACUCGCUCAUGCCUAAGGAGGCGCCGCCGGUGUUCAGGGCGCUGUUCCCGCCCACCAAGUUCAGUGCCGAGUUCAACGCCCUGAUCGCGUCGCUCAGCUUCUUCUGGCUGGUGGGCGCCAGCGAGCUGAAAGAGGAGGACGUGGUGGUGGGCCCCGACGGCGAGAAGCGCCGUCAGCGGUCAGUGGUGCACAUCAAGAAGUGCCGCUACCUGGAGGCCAGCGGCUGCGUGGGCAUGUGUGUCAACAUGUGCAAGGUGCCGACCCAGACCUACUUCACCGAGGAAUUCGGAUUGCCACUCACUAUGAACCCCAACUUUGAGGACCUGUCCUGCGACAUGAUUUUCGGCCAGAUGCCGCCGCCCGUCCACCUGGACCCCGUCUACACACAGCCCUGCUUCGCCACGCAGUGCGCCCUGGUUGGCAAGGGCGAGGGCAUCGCGGCGCCGCCGCCCUGCCCCAAAGUGGACACGGAGCGCAGCAAGACAGCAAACGCAACGGCUACUGCGGCGACGGCCAGCAUCACCCAGUCGGCCUAAAGCGGGGGUCGCUAGCAGUGGAGUGCAUGUGCGGUGCUGCGAUGGGCAGCCAUGCUUCGCUGCACUGUGCGCAAGGUAUUGCAAGGUGUGUCGUGUGGGCAAGGAUGAGGGAGAAGGCUUGAGACGGAGGGAGAAGAUCCUUGGGAAUUUGUGUACAUUAGGCCUUGGCCUGGGAUUGGUUGAUAGCAUGUGAGCGUUAAGGGAGCGCAACUGCUCCAGCAUCUGAGUGACCCGCGUGGUUUGCCGAGCGCCUUAGGUACUAUGUAUGUUAUCGCUAGGCAGUGUCUGUUAUUCUUGGAUUUUACAGUGUGCUGCCUUGGUUCCUGGGUAGCUGGCGAGUGGUUUGCAAUGCAUGGACAUACGGAAGGCUGGUCCUCAGCGGGCCAUACAAAGCUGCAGGGUGUCUUCACGAUCACGCUCCUCAAUGCCUAUUUCAUUUUACGCACAUUACAUGUAUGGUAAGUUUGGGAACGGGCUUUAGGUAGCCCCCCCACCUCAGGUUAUAGAGUGGUUGGGCAGUCAAUGUGGUGCCCAAUGACAAUCCGGUCAGGACUCUUGUCCAGCGGCUUUGAAGGGUUCUGAGGAUGCACGGACAAUCUGGGGCGUUUUGACAUGUAUACUGCAAGAACGGUAGUGAGAGCGUGAGGAGCGUGAGGAGUGAAGUGCACGAAGGUGAGCUGUGAGAUGGAGUUAUCGGUGAUUCAUUCAAUAAGACGAUGCUGCCGAGGUGUGAUUGUAACACAUUGU